AUGAAACUUAGAUUAGGAAAUAUAACUGUUUUCUUUGUAUUUGCAAUAGCAUGGGUAUUAUUAAUGGGAUCAUUUGGAUGUUAUUGGUAUAAACAGGUAAAAGGAGAUACUGAAACUUUAAUAUCAUAUAAUCAUGUCAAGAUAAUAUCACCUUCUGGUCAAGAAGAAGAUCACACACAUAUAGAAGCUCCAAGUCGUAGACAAACAGCAAUAUUCCAAGCAGCUUUUGGAAUGGCAAUCCUAUCAUGGGUAGUUUUAGGAUUUAUUUUAACAUUUAAUAUGUUGGCCACCCUACAUAUGCUUCAUAAAAUAAGUCCUAAAUUAUCAACUUUUACAAAAUGUUUUUUACCAUCUAUAUCAUUUGUUCUUGGUAUAAUGUCUGUUUUAAUAUUUGUUGGUUUAGGUGAAGCUAGAAAAAGAGAUUAUUGUUGGGAAAAAUAUGAUACUGAAAAUUGUGAUGGUUCCGAGGACCCAACAUCAUUUAACCGAAUCUCACCAACAUUUAAAUUUGUGUAUGAUGUUGAUAAAGGGGAUCCUUAUGAUCAUCGUUAUGGUGGUCCGUAUACUGGAUGGAUCUGUGUACUUAUCAGUUCAGCCCUUAUAUUUGUUGGAGGUAUAUUCUCUUAUACAUGGGCUGGAUAUCAUGGUCCUCCAGCCCGUCGCUCAUCGCCAACAAUAUCCACCCCCUCCACCUCAUCCACUCAUCCAUCAUCAUCUUCACGACCAAUUGCCGAUCAAAUAGAUAAAAAACCACUUCCACCAACUCCAACUCCGACACAUAAUAAAAUAGAAAUAGGAAACUCAAAUUAUGUUUAA